UGUGUGAGCACGCUUUGCGCAUGAACUCUGUAAUUCGCAGCAGAUGACCACUUGGGGGGAUGGAGGCUUUAUUGGGGUGGUGAGCGCUCCCUCAGAUAGCAUCAGAGCACACUGCACAAAUUAAUUUGGUCUAUAGAAGAUGCUGAAAAGUGAUAGAGCCACGUGCUUGAUGUGCGCAGCGCUGUUCUCUCCACUUUUUAAGAGCAACAAGUGCAUUAUGGACGACUCGAUUUUGCGCGUGAGAGAGCAGAGGGGCGACUGCACCUGAACAACGUAAAGCGAAUGCCGCAUCAGUUUCUGGCUGUGCCAGCCGCACAGUGGGAAUGGACACCGGCUAUUUCCUGGUGAGGACUUGCUUUUUCCUGCUGUCGCUCAACGGGUUCAUCUUUUCCUCCCAGGCGACGAGCUUUUGUCCCGACAGCUGUGACUGUCAGCACCCGCAGCACCUCAUGUGCACCAAUCGAGGGUUGCGCACUGUGCCCAAACCUACCGCACGGGUGCCCGAAGAAGUGCUAAUCUACAGCCUUGGUGGUAACUUCAUUAGUAACAUCUCUGCCUUCGACUUCACACGGUACAGUAACCUCGUACGGUUGAAUUUACAGUACAAUCAGAUACAAACUAUUCACCCAAAAGCAUUCGAGAAACUCUCCAAGUUGGAGGAGCUGUACUUGGGACAUAAUAGUUUAUCAAAUAUACCCGCUGGGACUUUACAAUCCCUGAAGCAAUUAACUAUUCUUUGUGGAAAUAAUAAUGACAUUAAGAAAAUCACACCGGAGCUCUUUACCAAUUUGGAUCAUCUUGUUAAAUUGCGUCUGGAUGGCAACUCAAUAGACGUUCUGCAAGACUCUGUUUUUAAAAGUUUGACCAGCCUACAUUAUCUCCACCUGGAAUCCAACAAACUGCAGCAUAUUCACAGAAACGCUUUCUCUAAACUCAUCAACCUGCGCUUUCUAAACCUGGCCCACAACAAGCAGUCAGCCGUGCGCAAUGCACUCACUUUCUCCCACCUCACAGCUCUGACCACUCUGCUGCUGUCUGAAAAUAAAAUCCAGUACGUCGCAAACCACGUCUUCCAAAACCUAAAAAAGCUGUCCAAACUGUCCCUCAGCAACAACAGAAUCUCUCGCCUGGACAGCGGGGCUCUGAAGGGGCUGUCAAGCCUCAGAGAGCUUCUGAUUGACGGCAACGAGCUGGAGGAAAUCCCCGCCGGUCUCCUGGACUCUCUGGAGCGCAUCGAGGAGCUGGACUUCAGUCGCAACCGGAUUUCCAGCGUGGACUCUUUGGCUUUUUCACAACUUAAACACCUGAGAGUGCUGAAGCUGAAGGACAACGUGCUCUCCAGCCUGUCCGGGGACAUUUUUGCCCUCAACAACGUGCUUUACAACCUGGACCUCCAUGGCAACAACUGGACGUGCGACUGUCGGCUGGAGGAGCUGAAAAGAUGGAUGACUGUUGCGCAUUCUCAGGGCAAAUUAUUGACUGUUUUUGUGCAAUGUCACCACCCAGCAACACUGAGGGGGAAAUAUCUGGACUAUUUGAACAGCUCCCAGCUGCAGCCCCUCGGGAACUGGACCCACUUGUGUAGGAGCCAAGAUGAGCCUGAGGAGAGCCAGGGAGGGGGUGUGUUGGUAAAGGUGGAGGGAAAAGAGGUAGGGAUGGUGGAUACAAUGAAGCAGGAGGGGAGAGGUGAAGAAGUCCUGGCAGAGGAGACAGAAGGUGUUGCUUUGAGACAGGGGUAUACGGACGGAGUUAUAAUGAGGAAAGAGCGAGAGAAAAGGAAGAAAGGACAGGAGGAGGGUGUCCUGGGAAUCCAGGGAGACCAAGGGGGUCUAGCAGAGGCAGAGCCCUCCUCUUCACUGGAAAGAAAGAAAUUAAAGAAAGAGCCACUCAGCCCGAGGUCACGACCUGCUGCAGAGGCUGCUGGGAAACGUACCAAAGGUAGACGAAGGUCAAAUACCAUUUCCAGAACCGAUCCACCAGCUAUUUCUACACCAAGUCAUGCUGGAAACCAAGAUAGAAACUCCACUGAUCCAAACACAGGGCUCACCACCACUUCUCCGGUCCAGCCAGGAGAAAAGUUUGACCUUCUGAGGUCCGAUCAGGAGGAGGCUCAGCCUGUAAUCACAGAUCCUUGUGUGUUCAACCGCCAUUUCAUCACUAAUGUUUCAGUGGAUCAAGUGACAUCUAGUACUGUCACCAUCUACUGGACCACCAGGGAUCAUCACCGCUACAUACCAGCACUUGGGCCAGGCCUAGAUGAAGUCCAAUACCGGAUUCUGUUUGACCGCUUUGGCACUCCGGACCGUUUCCCCCGCUAUGUCUACGCCCGUGGCACAGCUCGCUCCGUAACCCUUCGAGAACUCAGCUCUGAUGUGACCUACAUGGUCUGUGUGGAAGGAGUAGUUGGAGGGUCUGUGUGUCAAGUUGCACCCCGUGACCACUGUGCAGGGCUGGUCACUCUCCCUGAGGGUUUCAGCCAUGGAGGCAUGCUGACCUCUGACCUCCAGCUGGUGACGGUGGCCACACUGGCCGGGAACGCCGUGCUGCUGCUUGUCAUUGGCGGGGUCUGGCUGGGGCGGAGCCUGAAGAGGAGGCUGCAGAGGAGGAAGACGGCGGUGCACGUGCGGCACAUGUACUCCACCCGGCGACCGUAUCGUCCCGCCGUGACGACCGCCUCUGUGUCUGCUGACUUCACCAGCUACCAAAGCAGCCGUCCAGCACGUCUUUCACCACUAGAGGAAGGGGACCUCAUCGAGUUCCCUUGUGACCGCUUUCUGGACAGCAACAGUGUUCGCAGAGACGGCGACAUGCAGAGAUUCUCUGACUAGAGCCAUAACACUUCCAACAGAGAGACAUGUGAAUUGGCUUUUGGUGCAAUCUUUGGUCUUGUCCCCAGACCUCGGUAUCAUAUUAAAAACAUGAAUGUUUGUGGCUGUGAACAAACCAAGGCAUCAGUCCCGCCAUUUUGUGUCUUGGUUUCUCAUUUGACCAAAAGAAAGCUUUUAAAGUGACAAUAGAACAGCUGAGCUCAUCAGUACCCUUUCAGACACCAGAGGAAGUCCAAUCCCUCUGACUUCCUCUUCCUGCUUUGUGCCUUUCCUCUUUCAUUUCCUUGCACCUGCAAGUGUUCCUAAAUGUGCGAGUCGUUGUGUGUAUACGCACGAAUGAUUGCUCACUGAUUUCAACUAUGGUGCUAUUGUUGAGUUCGUAGACAUCCUGUUGUCUCAUAUUUGUACAGUAUGUAAUGAUGGCUGCUGGUUGGCAGGGAAAACAACACUUGUUUUGUAUCACAUCUAUCGUGUUUUGUACUUUUAUAUAUAAACCUGCAUUACAUGAAGCAGUAAAAUCCCCAACAAUGUGAUUGAUUUGUCAUUUGAGUCUUUAUGCAUGAUUUACCUCUAUAACAGAUGUUACUAUAUCUGUCGCUUUCAAAUAUCUAUUAUGUAAAUCACUGAUUAUGUAAAGAACAAAGGGAUUAUAUUUC